CACACCACAGCCAUGUAUCACAAACUUGGUAUAAGGUAUAAGUCCAUGACUAAGGCACAUAUGAUUGAAUACAAUAAAGUCAAGGGUAGAGCAUUGGAAUUGUUAAUUUAGGUCCCUCAGCGGUCCCUGUGAGAUUCCAUGAAAGCUCAGAAGGUACAUAAUUUAGCUUUGACAUGGAAUGGUGGAGGAAGUAGAGCUGAAGAGACUUCCAAAGGAGGUAACCCAUCAGUCAAUCUUUGAAUGAUGAAUAAUGAGGCAAAGAAUAAUGAGGUGGAUGGGAGGUGGGGCAAGAUAACUUUGUCAGAUGUAAGUUUUCUAGUUCUGAGCUGACAAUACCACCAGGCUUCCUUAACACCACAGCUGGGAGUAAAUCUCAGAGGAUUGCAUCCUUUUCUUACAUCAUUUUAUGCAUUAACAGGAAAACGGUCUCAUCUGUGAUGCUGGGGACACCCUACAACCACACAACGGAAACCCCUGCCACCUUCUUCCUUGUGGGUAUCCCAGGUUUGCAAUCUUCACAUCUUUGGCUGGCUAUCUUGAUGAGUGCCAUGUAUAUCAUAGCCCUGUUAGGAAACACCCUCAUCUUGACCAUAAUCUGGAUGGAUUCCACUCUACAAGAGCCCAUGUUCUGCCUCCUCUGUGUUCUGGCUGCUGUGGACAUUGUUAUGGCAUCCUCUGUGGUGCCCAAGAUGGUGAGCAUCUUCUCCUCAGGAGGCAGCUCUAUCAGCUUCAAUGCUUGUUUCACUCAGAUGUAUUUUAUCCACGUAACCACAGCUAUAGAGACAGGGCUGCUGCUGGUCAUGGCUUUUGACCGCUAUGUAGCCAUCUGUAAGCCUCUACACUACAAGAGUAUUCUCACGCCUCAAGUGAUGCUGGGAAUGAGUAUGACCAUCACCAUCAGAGCUGUCAUAUUCAUGACUCCAUUAAGUUAUAUGGUGAGUCAUCUACCUUUCUGUGGCUCCAACAUAGUUCUCCAUUCCUACUGUGAGCACAUGGCUGUGGCCAAGUUAGCAUGCACAGACACCACGUCCAGUAGCCUUUAUAGUCUAAUUGGUUCUUCCAUUAUCGUGGGCUCCGAUGUGGCCUUCAUUGCUGCUUCUUAUACCCUAAUUCUCCAGGCAGUCUUCAAUCUCUCCUCAAAGAAUGCUCAGGUGAAAGCAUUAAGCACGUGUGGCUCCCACGCGGUGGUUAUGGCUCUGUACUACCUACCUGGGAUGGCAUCCAUCUAUGUGGCCUGGCUAGGGCAGGACAUAGUGCCUUUGCACACCCAAGUGCUGCUAGCUGACUUAUAUGUGGUCAUCCCACCUGCUUUAAACCCCAUUAUCUAUGGUCUGAGAACCAAACAAAUACGGGAGCAGAUAUGGAGUUUGCUGAUGCAUUGUCUCUUCAACCACUGCAAUCUGAGUUCAUGAACACAGUCUAUUCAGGUCUUGAGCAUUCUAGCCUACUUCAAAUAUGUCUUAGAGAUCUGAGGAGAUGGUUUGGUUCAUCUGGUGCCAUAGGAGUUUUAAGAUGAAACUGUAAAGAAU